AUGAGUGGUAAUCCAAAAGACUCCAUGAAGUCCACCUGGCGGCAGCAAGCCCGCUCAGAGUGGACUCUCUUCCACUGGUUCUACGAACUACUAGGAAUCCACCCAGAACACCUCGACAAGAACGUCCCCACUCAUCUAAAGGAAGAUGCCGUGCCCUACGUGCCAGACUGGUCCAUGCACCGCUGGGUGCUCACGCACGCCGCCAUCCCCCUCCUAAUGCACCACGCCUACGUCGAGUACACCGGCCACAACCUCAGCGCUUGGGGCGCUUUCUUCCUAUACGGACUGGCCUUCAAAGCCAUCGCCAUCCACGAACUCCACGUCCUCCGACGACUGGGCCACCAGCACGGUUUCCUAGACGGCGACAAGCACGCCCGCGAUGGCGUUCCAGACGUCGGCGUCGCAAAGGUCGUCCGCUCGCUCGUCUCGACAUCGACCUUCCGACCAAUGUUCACAGUCUUCAUCGCCUACCACGCCACGCUCGCGCCCUCAACCAUGAGCUUCGCCUGGCUGCCCCUCGAAGUAGGGCUGUACGGGAUCAUCCUCGACUUCUGGUUCUACUGGUACCACCGGGUGAUGCACGAUGUCGGCGCGUUGUGGAAAUACCACCGCACCCACCACCUCACUAAGCACCCGAACCCGCUGUUGACGCUAUACGCGGACACCGAGCAGGAGUUCUUCGACAUCCUCGGUAUUCCACUUAUGACUUAUUUCAGUAUGCGGUUUAUGGGGAUGCCGAUGGGGUUCUAUGAAUGGUGGGUUUGCCAUCAGUAUGUUGUUUUUGCGGAGUUGGCGGGUCAUAGUGGGCUGCGGGUGCAUGCUACGCCGCCGUCGACGUUGAGUUUUGCUUUGCGUUGGUUUGAUGCGGAGCUUGUUAUUGAGGAUCAUGAUUUGCAUCAUCGUAAGGGUUGGAGGAAGAGUUAUAACUAUGGGAAGCAGACGAGGCUUUGGGAUCGGAUUUUUGGUACUUGCACUGAUCGCAUUGAGUCUGUCGAGCAUAAUGUCGAUUAUGCCAAUUCGUCGCCUAUGCCGUUAUACUGA